CUAUUAUUUUUUUUACUUUAGUAUUUAUCUUGUCUAAAAAUCAAAACUCUAAAUAAAAAUAAAUCUAGAUUCUAGUAAAGUGUAAAAGUGCCAACAUCACAAAAUGAGGUCAAACAUUGUUGGUUGGAAGAUCUAGAAAAAGUGCUAUAAAUUUCAAAACAAACAAGCAGAAGAUGGAAGAUUGAUUUAAUCUUUAUAUUAUGCUUGUUACUGUUGCAUUGAAGAAAUUUAUAUAUGGCUUGAAAAGAAUUCUGUGACGUGGAGGCAUUAAACAUUGUGGUAACUGAUCAGCUGCAUUACAAAGGUACUAACAUUGAAACUACAAAAUGUCUUUAAUAGAAGGCAUUGGAGAUGAAGUUAUACUCAUUUUGGGCAUAUUUACACUUGGCAUAAUAUUAAUGCUUGCAUGGCUGUCAACUCACACUGCAGAUAUUCCUCUUCUAAGAGAUGUAGGAGUAAUAGUUGUGGAGCUUAGUCAAAGGAGGGUGAGGCCUCAAAAUCAAGAUCCUACUGCCAGUGCAACAGACUUAACAGAUGGAUCUGUAGGUGCAAAUGUUAGUUUAAAUGAAAGUCGUGGAAUACCAGCCCCAGAAAAUUUAGUGACUUCUAGCUCAGAAGGGGAAAAUACUACAGAUGGUCAAAGGCCGGUGGGAGCUCAAGCGCCUGAUUCUCUUUGUAAUGAUUGCAAUGAAGCAAUGUCAAGUGAGGCAUCAAUUAGUGUCCUUCAGCCUCAUCAGUCGAAUUUAACAGAGACUGUGAAUCCAGUUAAUAUCAAUCCUCAAGAAACAGAAUCCAUCCUCCCUAGGGCUUCUGUGGUUGUGGAAGAAACGUCAGAGGGCUUUCAUACAACAUCUGAUGAACAUCCCACCGAUGAAGAAAUCAGGCGAAGGCGAGUGCAAUAUUUUAAUACAGCACACUUGACAUCACAACUUGACUCGCUACCAUCGAAUGAAGCCUCAAAUGAAAACGAGUUAAGGAAUCUAGCAGCAUCAACUUCUCAAAUAACUGAAUCCAAACACUCAACAAAUAAUAAAGAGGAACCUUCCAAUUCAAAUGAUAGUAAUAGAGACUCAGUAAACAUUUCGCAGUAUAGUGGCCAAGAUGAUUCCUUGCCACCAACUCUGCCGGAACCUGAAGGGUCAACGGAUUCAAGAAUUCGUGUAAAACUUAAAUAUAUGAAUGAAACUCAUAGAUUGGUUUAUGCUAGUCCAUUGGACACCAUUGGUGAUUUUCGGCGGAACAAUUUUCAGUCAGAGCUUGAGGAUAACAAAUGGGUUCGCUUCAUCUACAAUGGCCAGGAUCUACGAGAUGAUGGACGUACAUUGCAGGCCUGUAACAUUAGUGACAAUUGCACAAUGCAUUGUUUGAUUACCUCUCAGACCAGGGCUACCACAGCCAGCAGUGCUAGUCAUGACACUGAUGAGGAUUCCUUCAUGGGUGCCUUGAUGUAUCCACUGUUCACCUUUGUUCUGUUGAUAGUUUGGUACUUCAGGUUAAUGUACAGGCAAUACUUCAGUGCUAUGAGUACAGUAUGUUUGAUAGGAAUAACAUUUUUGCUUAUACUUAGUUACAUAUCAAGUUUACGUUCAGGCGGUGAGCAGCGACCUCCACAACAGGCAGUACAGGAAGCUAGAAAUGCUGAGGCUCAGAACCACCAACAUGUAGAUUAAUUUGACCAGACACUUGAACUCUCCUAUAAAAAGAUACAUUGUAAAACCUUUAGUAGUGUGAAUAUCUUAGUAACUGUAAAAUUGUAUAAACUCAACACUGAAGAGGUCAGUAUACAGUAAUGGACUAUUCAAAUCCUUAACAAUAUUAUGAUGGAGCUUGUUUAUUAAUUUAUUUAAACCAUAAUUGCAUUUUAAUUUUGUAAAAUAUGUUACACACCUCGGCCGCCCAUGGUCUGUCUAUUUCUAUCAAUGUUUGAUCAGUAGAAAUUGAAAUUGUUUAUAAGAAAGAAUGAAUAUUGAAUAGGGUAUAUUAAAGAUCAAUGCUUCAUUGUUGAUGUGCUUAAAAAUUUUUUUGAAGAAUUUGAAUGCAACAAACCUGAUGAUUGAAAUAAUUUUUUUUUUUCAAAACAUUUGUUGUGAUUAAUUAGUCUUUAUUUUAUUCGUGACACAAUUAAUUUAAAUUAUUUAUUUAAUGAUUGAUAUCAAAUUAAUUAAAUGGAAAAAAACAUGCUGUUGUAUUGUCUCACACUUUGAUUGUGUACAUUAAGUAUUGAUAAAAUGAAGAAAUUCUCAGCAGUUGUUGACUUUGACAUAGCAUAGAUCUACAGUGGGACAAUAAAAGUUAUAGUAAUAAGUUCAUCCCUAUCAAACCUUUGAAAAAAUUUCUUAUUCAGAAAACAGAAUUUUGUAAUAUUGGUACUUAAAAUUACCCAGUUACCUUUUUUUUUUAAGUCCUUAACAAUUUUUAGGCUAAAAACGUUUUAUGGAUUAUAUUUUAAGUUUUUCUUUUUUUAAUUUUAUAUUGCACUUCAGUUUUCUGUUUUUUUUGUUAUCAAAAUCCUUGAUAAGCUCCUUGGACCUCAUUUAUGGGCUUCUGUCACCUCUUCUUUGGGCUCAGACUUGCUUUUUUUUUCCAUUUUGCAGUUGAUGUAGUCUUAUCUUAUAAUAUUUGAAUGAGAUUUAUAACAUUGCAAGACGUAAAAUAGGAUAUACAUCAAACUUGUAUUGAGAACUUUUGUUUUCACGUUGCAAUAUAUUUUCAGCAGCAGUAAAAAAAAAAGCGUUAACUCUUCAAUGUUUAAAAUCUGAUCUUAACAUUUUUAGUAACAUUAAUUUAUUGUUUAAUCGUCUCUGUUAUCAUCUCUUUGUUAUGAACCUGAUGAUUGUGAUAUUUUAAUACAUUAUUGCAUCUAACCAAAUAACAAGAUUUUUUUUCUGACCAUUUUCUUUUUUAUGUAAGACCUCAUAAUGGAAUGGGCUUUCGACUGCAUUGCUUAAUGUCCUGGAUUUUUACAUUCAUAGCUUGUAGAGAAAUGGAAUUUAAAGACCUUAAUGUAAAUCUUAAGGCAGUAUAAACUGUAUUAGGAAAAGUUAUUCAGUUUGUAGUUUUCUUAAUAUUUUCUUUUUUGUUCUGAGUAAAAUUGUGUGCUUCAAUUUUUCUGUGGCAUAUUAAUAUUAAAGCAUAAUGAAAAUGUUUAAAUAAAAAUUCUGGAUAUAUUUUUCUAAAUGUUAUAAAAAAAAAAAAAUUAAUAAAUAUUUGAAAAAAAAAAUUAUAGCAGAUUGUAAUUGAUUUGAGAUUUAUGUAUGGUCAUGUGGUACUGUUUCUAACCCUGAUGGCAACCAUCCCCCACCAUUCCGUAGAAAGUUUGGGCUAGGGUAUAAUAAUCUUCAAUUCUGAAGGAACACCCAAAACAUGUAAAAUAAAAUAAACAAAUAAUCAACAUGACAGAUUAAAUUAAAUUGAUGGGCAUAAGAUUUAAUUGUUAUUAUUUUUUUUUACAUUUGUAUUAUUAAAGAUACUUUUGUGGAAGUCAACCAAAAAAUAAUAAUUUUGAAUAUUACAUAGCAGAUUGCCAUAUUUUAUUUCAUAUUCCUAUUUGUUUCUAAAAAAAUCUUUUUUUUUUGUUGGUGUUAGUUUUUAAUUGCUGUUGUCUUUUGCAAUAUGGCAAUAUUACUACUUUAAGUUGUAUUAUUUGGCUGUGCCUGUAAUUAAAGAAAAUCAUAACAUGGUUAUUUGAACCAAGUUUCUAUUUAACUACAAUCAUUAUAUUCUUGCAUAGAUAUUUUUUUUCCAGUGUUAAAUGGUUAUUGGAAUUAUAUUUUUAUUUUCACUUUUCUUUAUCUUUAAACAAGCAGAAAGGUUGCAGCAGGUAUCUGAGUGGCAUGUGGCCAGAUAAACAGAGACUUAUUGGUUAAAAGAAAAAUUCAUUGUUAAAAAAGUAAAGGAAUUGUAGAAGUACCAUUAAAGUAAUUUAAUAAAGAUUGUUUACUUUUAUUAUAAUAUUUGAACUAAAUAGUUUUACUAUACUUAAUCAAGCUAUAAACAUGUUUGGAUGGCUGCUUGGUUGUGUGGUAUAUGCACUGGACUGUUGUCUGGAUGGUUCCAGGUUCAAACUCUCUCAAUCCAUCCUAAGUAAUCCUGCAGGAGGUUUGGCCUAGAAUGUAAUAAUCUUCAGUUCUGAAGGAACAUCCAAGACAGAGGGAAAAAAAAACAACUUUUGCUUGCUUAUCAGUUGCCUUUGUAAAAUAAACAAAAUGUAUUAUCACUUAAGUGUUGUUGUAUUAUUCAUGUUUGUGUGUAUCACAGUGUUCAAUAACAUUUGUGUCUUUAUGCAGAUGUUUUUUCUGGUAUAAAGAAUCAAAUUUAACUGGCUCUUACAAUAGAGAAUGUACAUGUAAAUUAAUAAUGGAAAAUUCAUAAAACAACUCAAUUUUAAGAUCUGAAAAUAAUAUAAAGAGUAUAUUUGGUUUUUUUAAAAUGUUUGGAACUUCAGACUUUAUCAUGACCUAAUGACAUCAGUAGCUUAAGUUAUGUACAAUCAUAACUUGAAAUUGCAGCUUUUAGAGUGGUUUUGUGUAGAAAGAGAUAAUUUGCUUUGCACCUUUUUUAUUACCCCAAUUUGUGUUUUUAAAGAGAAAGAAAUAUUGACAGUGGUGUAAGUUGACAUAAAUGCCAUAUGUGACUUCUAAGCUUACCAAUCAAACAUGUAACCUAAGAAAUAGGCUUUAAAAUUCAUUAUUAUUACUCUAUUUGUAUGACAUGGGUACAGUAGUUUUUUUAAAUCUCACUUUGAACUGGACAUUUAUAUGAUGUAGUUUUAUAUACAAGACUCUUUGUUCUACUUUUAAGUAGUCAUAAGGUGGUAGUUUUUUUUUUUUGUCAAACUGAUUGUUUGAAUUUGCAGAAUGCUUUUUCAUGCCUUAUCAAUAUUAAAUAUAAUGCUCCUCAUUUUAUUUUUCUAUUUACAAGUAUAAAGUAAGUAAAGUUCCCCUUUCAGACCCUUUAGGGCAGAUGAUGUAAAGGUCAUCUGCUUCUGUAUCCCUCUUGUUAAGGAGGACGCCAUGUGGCCAGCACAAGGAACAACGACUUUUACUUUUCCCCAAAUAAUAUCAGGCACCCCUUAGAGCUGGGUAGACUCAGAGGUGCCCUAAAGAUCCUAAAAUUAAAAAAUCCCAGGAUUUGAACCCAAGAUCCCCAGUUUGGAAGUCAAGCGCUUUACCACUCAAUGACCGUGAAGCUCUGAAAAUAUGAAAAUUUGUUUUAUACAAAUUAGAAAAACAACUGUCUUUCUCUUGAUAUGGAUUGAUGUGAUACCUAAAUAAUGAUCUUGGUGUCACAAGUAGGCUUUGAUACCAGAGUUUUGUUUUUCACGGUCAACUAAAUAUUACAGUAUUAUUGUUUAUUUCACUAAAUAAUAGCCAAGUCUCAAACCUGUUGAGUUUAUAAACUAAAUAAAUGCAAUGAUUCACAUUUGUAGUUGUGUCUUUGUGUUAAUUAAUAUUUUUUUUUUAUUGAAAAAUAUCAACUUUGAUCCAGGUUUAUGAAUUUUGCAUGGACCACAUUCAAAACAGAGUUUGAGUUUAAGACAUGUUUAUGCAAUAAGCUUAAUGACCAUUUGUCCUUAUUGAUAUAAUUAAAAGAUGGCAGAGGGAAAUAAUAUAAAAUUGCUAGCUGAUUGUGCUUUUUUUAAAUUUUGUUUCAUGACUUGUAAUACAAAUGUUCUUUUUGUUCUGAAGUUUUGUUGGUUAGGAUAAAAAUUCUUAAUAAAAUUAGUCCUUGGAACCUUU